CUGCCUUGAGCAAGAAACCAUUCCCCCGCUCGAGUUCGCAAGCCUCGAGGAGUUGUUGCCACCUCGCCCGCGCCUUUUCGACUUCCUUGUUCCUAGAAGGCGAUGUUCUUUAAAAUAAUGAAGGCGCGGGUGAAGAGUCAGAUAGCCAGAAGGAAGAGAAAACGAAGAUUGAGGCUUGGACUCCCGGAACUCUGUAAAAAGCGUGCCAACUUCCAUGUGAACUAGUGAAGGGCGAUCAAGUGAUUGAAGUUGCAGAGGAACCCAAAACAGCUAAUGGGUAGCCUUCAUCCAAUCGUAACGUUAUUGGUUUUUUUCUCUUGUUGCUGCAACUGCCAUUCAUGGAGUUGGUUUUCUUCUUCUACAUCCUCAAAUUCUGAAGAGAUGCCUAUGGUGUCAAACAUUAUGAAUGCCGAGUUUUCGAUGGAUAAUAUGAACAAUCCCAAGGGAGUUGAGUUGGUAGAGAAAGCUAAAUCAAGAUUAGUUUCUUCAAACUCAUGUUGGCAGGAAGCCUACCAGAAGCUGUUCUCAAGUUGUGGUGAAAUAAUUGGAAACCAAGAGAAGCAGUCUAGGCUAGCAUGGCAUUUGAGUGAUUGUUUUCAGAAGGAUUCCGGUAGACCUGGUUUCUCUGCUUGCGAUUCUGCCAUUCCCAUGGCUAAGUGCCUGAAAAACUUGGAUGAAUUUCAGCAUAACAUCUAUCUUCAAUUUUUCCUUGAAACAAACGCUAUUUGCCAUCAGCUGCAGUCUGAAGCAUUCAAGCGGAAAACGGAGAGGUUGGUGAACGAGUUGCAAAGGUCAGCCAGCUAUGCAGAGGAGAAACUGGAGGCUAUAGAGGAAAAGUCCGAUUUAUUACUAAAAGAUUCUGACAGGAUUCAUGAUUCAUUAACAUCAAUUGAUAUGCAGACAGAAGAGCUGGUUCGUACAUCUAGAGUUGUUGAGGACCACAUAGGCAAGGUGUUGGACAAAUCAAAAGCCGUCUUUGAGCAGUCCAAAGAGAUAGCUGCUUCACAGUCAGCGGUACUAGAAGCUCAAGAAAAAAUGAAAGAAGGGCUUAGUUCCAGCGUAGCAUUCCUUAGUGAGUCUUAUGAGAGUUUGGAUCAGGGGAUUGCAAAGCUGCAGAGCGGAACACUGGAAAUUCAAAGGGAAAUAUAUCAGGUUGGCGAUAGCAUGUCCUUGCAGAUGAAGAGCCUUCAAGACAAAGCAGAUGAUAUUGAAAAUGUUGCAUCGGUAUCAUUGGAUAAACAGAGGCAGCUCCUGGAUGGUCAGUCUCAAGCCCUUCAAGGGCUCAAUUCUAUUACCCAGUUUCUGUCACAAGUACUGGAGGAAAGCAGGUCCAAUUUGCAGAAGUUGGCAGACUUUGGGGAGAAACAACAGGAGGAGCUGCUUCGACGGCAGGAGCAGCUUCACGAGACUCAUGAUCGCCUUGUUGAAAAUUCAGUGUCCAUGUUGGCUGCACAGGAGGCAUUCGAAAAGAAGCAGGCAAUCAUGUUUACUUCUCUAGAGAAGUUAUUUUCGUUGCAUAAUGCCAUUCUAUUGGAAUCUCGCGCCAUAAAAACUUUUUUCUUCUACUUAGGCAUGGUCUUUGUUAUCUAUAUGAUGACCAGUGCAAAACAAACAUUUGGUGCUAGAGCACGGCUUUACCUUGGUCUGUGCAUUGUAUUCGCUGUAGAAAUCUUGCUAGUUCGGAUUGGAGCUAAUGAUCUUGAUCAGCAAUCUUGGGUUUCAUCUAAAAUCUUCUUAAUCCGGUUAUCCUUUCUAUCUGCUGCCUUGAUUCAGAUUGUGUACUCUGUUUUCAGUUUCAGGGAUUAUGAAAUUCUUAAUCACAGGAUGCUGUUGACAGUAAUAGAGAAACUGAAUGCCAUAGAAGGAGCUUAUGAAGAUGACAUGACAUCAUUAUGCACUGGGGAUGAUACAGCGCUUGUUUCGUUGAUGAAACGAGAGAUACUGGAAGAGGAAGACAUCCAUCAAGAUCCUGAUUAUCAUCUUCCAGAGGAAAAAGGAGAGAACUCGGUUACUGAUUCUGUCUCUCGGACGUACAAUUUUCGGCCAAGGAAUAGGCGUAUGCAGCCUCUUAAUUAAGC